CUUCUUUCUCAGAAGAUAAAAUGGGGGUAGAAAGAGUGCAAGACAUUGCAUCUACAAUUUCCGAGGACACAAUCCCGGCGGAGUACAUUAGGUCGGAGAAUGAGCAGCCGGGAAUCACCACCGUCCCUAACACAGUCCUCGAAUGCCCUACCAUUGAUUUCAGCGACCCUGAUGAGGAGAAGCUCCUCAAACAAAUCUUCGAGGCCAGCACCGACUGGGGCAUGUACCAAAUCGUGAACCAUGACAUUUCCAACGAGGCCAUAUCCAAGUUACAGGCCGUCGGAAAAGAGUUCUUUGAGCUCCCGCAGGAGGAGAAAGAGGUUUACGCAAAAGAUCCCAACUCAAAGUCCGUGGAGGGUUACGGUACAUUUUUGCAGAAGGAACUGGAAGGGAAGAAAGGGUGGGUGGAUCAUCUGUUCCAUAAGAUUUGGCCACCUUCUACCAUUAACUACCGCUUUUGGCCUAAGACUCCAGCUUCUUACAGGGAAGCCAAUGAAGAGUAUGCAAAGAAUUUACACAAGGUGGUGGAGAAGCUAUUUAAACUUUUAUCUUUGGGGUUAGGGCUUGAAGCACAAGAACUGAAGAAGGCAAUUGGUGGUGAUGACUUGGUGUACCUUCUCAAAAUCAAUUACUAUCCGCCGUGUCCCCGCCCUGAUCUUGCUCUUGGUGUGGUUGCCCAUACUGACAUGUCCGCCCUCACCAUUCUCGUCCCAAACGAAGUUCAGGGCCUCCAAGCUUGCCGCGAUGGCCAGUGGUACGAUGUCAAGUACAUCCCUAAUGCCCUAGUCAUCCACAUUGGUGAUCAAAUGGAGAUAAUGAGCAAUGGAAAGUACAGGGCUGUGCUGCACAGAACCACAGUGAGCAAAGACAAGACGAGAAUCUCCUGGCCUGUGUUUCUGGAACCUCCGGCAGACCAAGUAAUAGGGCCUCACCCCAAGCUCGUUAAUGAUAAGGAGAAUCCACCAGAGUACAAGACCAAGAAGUACAGCGAGUAUGUUUACAACAAGCUCAACAAGAUGCCCCAGUAAUUUACUGGUUGAUUACUGCAGGGGGGUGUCACAGAGCUAGCAGGGGUCGAUUAUUAUCUAUCAGUAUAUGACUGUCUUUUUUUUUCAUGGUCUUUUAAUUAUUGGCAAGUUGGAAGUGAUAAUGUCGAGGCUUGUUUAUCUAGUAAAACACUUGAGUUUGCGACCAUGAAUGUUAUGUAUAAUAAGCUUUUCAUUUCGAAUCCACUGUGAUGAACAAUAUUAUGCAUAUAUUGAAUGUCCCAUCCAUAUUAGAUUG